UCAUCUGCAGUCAUCAAUAAUAUCCAGCAUAAUGGAUUUUGGUAAAGGGUGUUUCUUGAUGUGUGUGCUGAUGUUCUUGCAUAGUUUACCAUGUGAAUCCACUGUUAGUUUUCCAGAUACUGGUUACAGGUCGAUCAGCAACCUUAAUCAUGAUUGCUGUUGCUCUGCUAACAAUCUUGGACGGAUUACAUCUCCACUAGAUACCUCUGUUUCUUGGACUUCGAAGCUAUUGAAACUAAUAUCAUUUUUUGGACAUGGGCAAGCAGCUGUCACUUGGGUGAUGCUUCUCAUCACUCUGCUCAAUAUCAUGGUUUAUAAGUUAAGGCAAUUUCAUGAAAUAAGCCUAGGGAAAGAUAAGAAGCCAGUCUCUUUGUCACUAGAACAUCAAUGCCGCCAGUUUCUGCUUGCUGAGAUGCGAUUGGCAACAAACAAUUUUGAUCAAGCAUUGAUCAUAGGGAAAGGAGGAUUUGGUAAGGUAUAUAGAGGCGUCAUUGACCAUGGUGCAACAAGGGUUGCAAUAAAACGAUUGGACUCUAGAUCCACGCAAGGAGCCUCUGAAUUCUGGACAGAGAUCAAGAUGCUUUCCAAGUUUCGACAUAGCCACCUUGUUUCUCUUAUUGGAUACUGUGAUGAGUUUGAUGAGAUGAUGGUUGUAUACGAGUAUGUCUCUGGUGGAAACCUUGGGGAACGGCUGCAUAAGGUUGAUCGAUCAACCAACAAGUCACCUGUGUCUUGGGUGGAGCGCCUCAAGAUAUGUGUCGGGGCAGCACGUGCAUUAGACUAUCUUCACACUGGCACAGGAGUCCAGCAGCGCAUCAUUCAUAGGGAUGUUAAAAGCUCAAAUAUACUCCUCGAUGAGCAUAUGGCAGCUAAGGUAUCUGAUCUAGGGGUGUCCAAAAUUGGUCCAGCAGAUCAGCUGUGUACCCAUGUGAGUACAGAAGUCAAAGGUUCAUUCGGGUAUUUUGAUCCUAACUAUUUCAUGACUCGCAGAUUAACAAGGAAAUCUGAUGUAUACUCAUUUGGGGUUGUAUUAUUGGAAGUGUUGUGUGGGAGGCCUGCUGUUGAUCCAAGUCUUGGAGACAAUGACCUUGGUCUAGUUGGUUGGGCCCAACGUUGUAUUAGAGAAGGUAUGUUGAACCAUGUUAUUGAUCCAAACCUGAUGGGACUGACCACUAAAUGUUUGAGGGUGAAGAGCCAAAUCAUGCCUGAUUGCUUAAAAGCAUUUGUAGAAAUCGCUGACAAAUGCUUACAGACUCAUCCCAAAAAUCGUCCAACUAUGGCUGAGGUAGUAGUUGGACUUGAGGCUGCAUUGGCACUGCAACAAAUAGAAAUUUGUAGUCCUUAUGGCAAUCAAGGACAAACAAAUUCCUACAUGAAGUCUGGGAAGAUAACAUUCUCAAGAAUGCUGCGACAUAUGAUGCCAGUCAAAACUCAUGUUAAACCUGGCCUGGGUGAUGUAGAGCCACCGGAAAAGAAGAAAAGACGACAUAAUCUUUUUCUUCCCAGUAUAUUGUCUAACAAACAAGUGUUCACGAGCAAAAGUAGAGAUACCUUCCAAGAAUUUAAUUUCAAAUGGGAAGUUGCAGAUUCUGCUUUGAGAAUAUUCACUUUAGCUGGACUUAAAAUUGCGACUAGGAACUUUAAUCACGCUCUGGUGGUGGGUGAGGGAGCCUUCGGAAAAGUUUUCAAAGGUUGGGUUGAUGAAGAAUCUUACGUUUCUUCAGAGGCUGGUUCUGGGAUGCCUAUUGCUGUUAAAAAGCUCAAUACAGAUGGUUAUCAAGGAUUGGAAGAAUGGCAGGCAGAGGUGCACUUUUUAGGCAGGUUGAGUCAUCCAAAUCUGGUAAGGUUAUUGGGGUACUGCUCAGAAGAUAAGGAGCUACUUCUCGUCUAUGAGUUUAUGGAGAAGGGGAGCCUAGAAAAUUACAUAUUUAAAAGAGGAUUGGGACCUCCACUUUCAUGGUCAUUGCAGCUCAAAAUCUUGAUAGGAGUAGCUCGAGGCAUUGCCUUUCUGCACACAACAGAGAACCAAAUCAUAUUCCGAGAUUUGAAGAGUUCUAACAUAUUGCUCGAUCAGGAUUUCAAUGCAAAAAUCGCUGAUUUUGGGUUGGCAAAACAUGGUCCUGUAAAUGGUGAUACACAUCUUUCUACAAUGGUAAUGGGCACAUAUGGCUAUGCAGCUCCAGAGUACGUGGCAACAGGUCAUUUGAAUGGUAAGAAUGACAUAUAUGCAUUUGGAGUGGUGUUACUGGAAAUUCUUACAGGCCUAAGGGUUAUUGACCAUACACGCCUCCAAAAGGAGCAGAAUCUGGUGGAAUGGGCAAGGCCAAUGCUACUCAGCAAAAGAAAGCUCAAGACUAUAAUAGACCCGAACCUUGGUCAUGACUACCUGCCAGAAGCUACCUUCCAGUGUGCUGCACUUAUUCUAAAAUGUACUCAACCCGAACCUGAAGAAAGGCCAUCCAUUGAACAAGUCUUGCGGAGCUUGGAACACAUUAGCGUCUUCACAGAAGGAAACGGCCGCUCUAUCUUGUGGGGGUAAAGGACAAGUCUGCAUAUAUCUCACCCCACCCCGUCUCUGCUUCUGAGUGGGAUAUACCAGAUUCGUUUGGUUUGGUUUGCUUAUAUUGAUUCAGCUAU